CCUGCCGGCCACUCUCCACUCUCUUGCCCAGUGAUGGAACUCUCUAGUGAACUGGAGUGAGUCAGCCCAUGGCUGUGAUGUAACAGAGCUCAUGAGGUCAAAGUCCUACGGAAGGGAAGGGAAGGGAAGGGAAGAAAACAGUGCUGGGAAGGGGUAAGGGCCGGGCCAGGGCCAGGGGAGGGAGGUGGCAGGUAGCCUGCUGGGCACUGGGGAGCAGGAAGGCCGCAGGCGGUGAAUGGGCAGGCCCAUGACUUCCCUGGGCUCCCAGCUCCUCAGGGCAGCGUUUCUGGCAACCCUCCUCCUGCUGCUGCAGGUGAAGGGGGAGGAGCCUCAAAGAGAGAGCCCAGGCCCCAACGAGAGGAGUCAGGAAGAGAAAAUACCCUCUGCAGACCAGAAUCAAGAGCAGUACGAAGAGUACUUCGUGGCCUCCUCAGUGGGCGAGAGUUGGCAGAAGGUGGACAUGGCCCAGCAAGAGGACGACAAGACAGUGGAGGAUGCCGCAGUUUGCGAACACCUAUUCGACCUAGCCUUGUGCUUAAACCUGGCCAGUGCCAUGGUUUUUUUAUGAGGGACAUUGAGGAUGGGAUGGUUUUCUGGGCCCUGGGUGAGGACCUGGACAGCUACCUCUGCUUCAUGAUAGCAUACUGACCCUCUGUCCCCUGGGCUCCAGGUCACUACUCCCCAGGGAGACAUCCACGCGGCUUCCUGCCCUCCUCGCCUCCCCCUGCUCUGAGCUCCGUCUUCCAGGGCCGGAGGCACCAGGCCUGUGCCCUCCUCUCUGUCGCACCUCCCCUGGCCUUGUUCCGCACCACAGAUUAGGGGGAGGAGGCAGCUACAAUAAAAGCAAUAAAACCCAGCAAAACAGUCAGGCGCAGAUUUGUGAGGCGUAAUCAAAGCCCUCCUAUCUCUAACUGGUCUGUUUAAUCGCCCGACGUCUGGGUCACUGGGCAUUAGACCUG